CUAAGGAUAAUACCAUUUGUCAAGAGAAGAGCCUGGAAGACGGAGGAAUGGCUCUUGGAGUUUUGAAUACCAUGUACCAGGAGUUAGUGACCUUCAGAGAUGUGGCUGUAGACUUUUCUCAAGAAGAAUGGGAUUACCUGGACUCUGCUCAAAAGCACCUGUACUGUAAUGUGAUGCUGGAGAACUACAGGAUCCUGGUAUCACUGGGACUUUGCUUUUCUAAGCCAAGUAUGAUAUUGUUGUUGGAGCAAGGGAAAGAGCCCUGGAUGGUGAAGAGAGAGCUGGCAGAAGGUCUGUGCUCAGGCUGGGAGUCUAAAUAUGUGACUGAAGAAUUAACCUCAAAGCAGGACCUAUAUGAAGAAGAAUCACUCCAGAAUAUAAUGGGAAACUUUACAGGCCUUGAAUGUCCUAGUUUGAAAGAAGAGUGGAAAGGUGGGAGCUAUUUGGAGAGGCAACCAGGACAUCAGAAGGCAUGUUUCAAGGAAGAGACAAUCAUGCAUGAAGAAAGCCUUGUUGAUAAAAGAGGACAAGAAUCUAACAAAUCUUGGGGAACCUUCUAUCAGAACACACUGUUUAAUGUACAACAGGUGAUCCCUAAAGAGGAGAAAGUACAUAAAACUGACAUAUAUAAGAAAAACUUAAAAAAAAAAUUAAUGGGCCUUAAACCCAAGAAUAUCUAUGUAGAGAAGAAACUUUUGAAAUGUAAUGACUGUGAAAAAGUGUUCAGCCAGAGCUCCUCCCUUACUCUUCAUCAGAGAAUCCAUACUGGAGAGAAACCAUAUAAAUGUGUAGAAUGUGGGAAAGCUUUCAGCCAGAGAUCAAAUCUUGUUCAACAUCAGAGGAUUCACACUGGAGAGAAACCCUAUGAAUGUAAUCAGUGUAGGAAGGCUUUCAGUCAGAAUGCACAUCUAGUUCAACAUCUUAGAGUUCACACUGGAGAAAAACCUUAUGAAUGUAAGGUGUGUAGGAAAGCCUUUAGCCAGUUUGCCUAUCUUACUCAACAUCAGAGAGUUCAUACUGGAGAGAAGCCUUAUGAAUGUAUUGAAUGUGGGAAAGCAUUUAGCAAUAGAUCAUCCAUUGCUCAACACCAGAGAGUUCAUACUGGAGAGAAACCUUAUGACUGUAAUGUCUGUGGAAAAGCAUUUAGCCUUCGUGCAUACCUUACUGUACAUCAGAGAAUACAUACUGGAGAGAGACCUUAUGAAUGUAAGGAAUGUGGGAAGGCCUUCAGCCAGAAUUCACAUCUUGCUCAACAUCAAAGAAUUCAUACUGGAGAAAAACCUUAUAAAUGCCAGGAAUGUAGAAAAGCGUUCAGCCAGAUUGCAUACCUUGCUCAGCAUCAACGUGUUCAUACAGGAGAGAAACCUUAUGAAUGUAUUAAAUGUGGGAAGGCUUUUAGCAAUGACUCAUCCCUCACUCAACAUCAGAGAGUGCAUACUGGAGAGAAACCUUAUGACUGUAAUGUUUGUGGGAAGGCCUUCAGUUACUGUGGGUCUCUUGCCCAACAUCAGAGAAUCCAUACUGGAGAAAGACCCUAUGAAUGUAAGGAAUGCAAAAAAACCUUCAGACAGCAUGCACACCUUGCUCAUCAUCAGAAGAUUCAUACUGGGGAGUCACUUUCACCACCUAAUCCAGCUAGUCACCAAGUGCUAUAGCUCCUAUCUUUUAAGUCCAGAAUAUGUCCUCAUUUCUUUAUCUCUAAGGUUACCACCCUCAUAUAAGAUUCAUCUCAUAUUUACAACUACUCUAACUUCUUUCUAACAGG